GAUACGUGGGCGAAGGCUCGUGACGAUUUACUAGAAGCUGGAAAUUCGCAAAACCUUCAGUUAGUUGAUGGCGCUCUCUUCACUUUAUGUUUGGAUGAUUUGAAAUCGCAGGAACCUCUAAGUUCAGACUGGUUAAAUCUCUCCUCAUUGGUGACGAUGCAAGCAACCGUUGGUUUCGACAAAAGUUUCCAGCUCAUAAUGGAUGGAAACGGUCAAGCCACAAUAAACUUCGAGCAUUCUUGGGGCGAUGGGGUGGCGGUGCUCAGACUUAUGGAGGAGUCAUAUAAAGAUACUAAUACCCAUCAUUUUGUUGCACCGGACACGGAACCACACUCCGCCAAUCCCUCUAUGGUGAGAGAAGUGGAGUUCCACCUCACUGAUUCGCUGAGGUCACAAAUAAUCGAAGCGCAGAAGGCCCAUGUAGCCCGGAAUUGCGGUCUCGAUUUUGCUACCAUGGAGUACGACGGCAUGACGAAAGAUACCAUCAAAAAAUCGAAAAUGUCUCCUGAUUCUAUUAUGCAAUUAGCGAUUCAGAUGGCAUUUUACUCGAUGUAUAAAGAAAUGGUUCCUACAUACGAAUCUUGCUCCACAGCUGCUUUUCUUAAAGGACGAACGGACUGCAUGCGUUCUGCAACUGCCGCUACAAAAGAGGCCACUCUUGCCAUCCUCGAGGAUGGUGCCAAAAAUGCCAAACAACUACUGAUCAACUGUUCAAAUACCCACGGACAGUUGGUAAAGGAAGCAUCGAUGGGUCAAGCUUUUGAUCGUCAUCUUCUAGGGCUUAAAAAUUAG